AUGAUCUCCAGUCUCAAUCUCAUUGCUGUCCCAGUGCUCCUCUGUCUCCUUCGCCACAGUGAGGAGACCUGCCCAUCCAUAUGUUUCUGCACAUCCGACACAGUAAGCUGCAGCUCUAGUGGUCUCACCAAGAUACCCAAGUCACUGCCCUCUUUUCCCAUCACCCUUGAUGUAAGUCACAACCAAAUGUCCUGGCUGGGUCCAGGUAGCUUCAGUAAGCUGUCUAGACUGGAAAACCUCUGGAUGGCCCACAACCAGAUAAGCGACUUGGCUUACGGGGCGUUUCAGAAUGCCUCAGGCCUAAGAUAUCUCGACCUGUCUUCCAACAAACUGCAAAGGGUGGAGCAGCACUAUUUCCAGGGACUGUGGAGGCUGGAGGAACUCAUUCUCUUUAACAAUAAAAUCGCACAGGUAGAAGCCAGCGCACUGAUAGGUCUGAGCAGUUUGAAAAAGGCUUAUUUCAGCCUCAAUCUGAUCACACAGUUCCCAUUCUUCUCCAUCCAAGAUCGCAGUCACCCUUUUCUGACCAUGCUGGAUCUUUCAUCCAACCGUAUAACCAAUCUGCCAUGGCAGGAUGUGAAGGCAUUGCCGGGAUUGGUGCAGCGGGGGCUCUACCUUCAUAACAACUCUUUUAUUUGUGACUGCUCCAUGUACAGCAUGUUUUGGCAUUGGGAUCUGAGAGAGUAUGACACGCUGAAGGAUUUCACAGACGAACACACUUGCAACAUCAACGGGGACCCUCGAGCAUCCAUCCGGUUCUUGCGACACUCUCGCUUUUUCAACAAUUGCACCGUGGAAAGAGCUGUCUCGCUGCCAGUGACCGUGCUCCUUUCCAGGGUGUUGGUUUCAGAGGGACAAAAUGUGCAUUUGGACUGUCAAACAUCCCUGAGUAGCACCAAUCUCUCAUUUAUAUGGCUUUCCCCCAGCCAGGGAUAUAUCACUCAGUCCAACAUUGAUAACACUCUAAUGAGCUUGUUUGCUAACGGUACCUUAGAGAUCCAAGCAGCCAAGGUCAACGACUCAGGCCUGUACGUGUGUACAGCGGUAGAUAUUAAAGAGGCGCUGAAUACAACUAGAGAAAUAAAUGUGACUGUGUUGUUGCCUGAAGAAGAGUCAUUCAAUACGGGUUACACAACACUCCUAGGCUGUGUUGUGACUAUGGUCCUCAUCCUCAUAUACCUUUACCUCACCCCAUGCAGAUGCAGCUGCUGUAAACAGCCCGUCCCUCUAGUCAUCCCUAUCGCCACGUAUGAACCAGAGACCUCAAUUUUGUCACCCUCCACGCAAGAUCAGCAAAAGAGCAAUUAUAACAAACAUGUAGCAUUCCUACAGCCAAUGUUGAAUGAGCAAGGACCUGAAUGGGCACAUGACAUCUGA